AUGGGAGCUGGUGGAGUCAUCCUUCGCUUCUUUAAUCUCUUCCUUCGAGUACUGCAGUUCCUGGACGGUGCCGUCAUUCUUGGCAUCUUCUCAUACUACCUCGCCAUCCUCUCUAGGAACAACCAACAUAUCGAAACAUGGGUUAAGGCGGUCGAGGGUCUCGCAGGUGCUGCGACCCUCUAUGGCCUCCUAGGCAUGAUCCUGACCUGCUGCUUGGGUGGUGUGGCGUUUUUUGCCUUCUUGGGUGUCGCUCUAGAUAUUUGUUUCGUGGGCGCGAUGGUCGCGAUUGCGAUCCUGACCCGUAAGGGUGUCAGCAAGUGCACCGGCACCGUCGACACCCCACUAGGAUCAGGAAAUGCCAACGACGACACUUUCUCCAAGGGCCUGACGUUCGGCAUGACCUGCACAUUGGAGAAGGUCGUUUUCGCCGUGGCGAUCAUUGGAAUUUUCCUCUUCUUGGUCUCCAUUCUCUUCCAGAUUCUGCUCGCUCGCCACCACAAGCGCGAGAAGCGUUUCGGUCCUUCGCCUUCCAACAACUACACCCACGGUACUCGUGGGGCCUUCUGGCGCCGCAACAAGAACCACCCCGAAGCUACGGGAGCCGCUGAUACUCUGCCCGGUCAUCCCACACCGCAUGACGUCGAGAUGGGCGCAGAGCCCAAGACCGAGAAGAAGUGGUACAGCUUCGGUCGCAACAAGGACACGGCGACCAACGGUGCCGUACCCCCUACCCAAAAUGGCGGCGGUUACGGAUACGGUAAUUCGGCGUACACUGGCAACAUCUAA